UCAUAACCAUGCACCCAGCUCUUUGUCAUCACAACUACCUUCCUCGGCUUUGCAGUCACACCAGUAACUUGAUAGUGCAGCUAUGCGACUACUACUUAGCUGCCACCCUCUAUCUGCAUCACCAACAAGGUCAACAAGCGAUAGUCGACACAAGGCCCGUCCGCCUACACUCGGUCAUAAUUAUCCCGCCAACCGAAGCACCACAUCCCCGCAUUCCAGAUAUGCACAUGCAUCUCGAAGUUCUAGCUCCUGAACCAGACUCAUCGCAAAACGCUCUGAACGACUCAGCGAUAGCACAUUGCACAACGGGGCGUCACUAAAGUGCAAUUCCCACCAUGCCACCAUCCCGCAUCCUAGACUCGCAUAUCCACCUCUGGCCCUCAACAGCUACGCAACCCACAAAUCAUGGCUGGAUGGCGCCGGGCCAUCACCUUGCUAAAAGACAUGGGAUUUCAGACUACAGGAGCGUCGCGAAUGUAAAGAGAUCUUCAUCCAAGGAAGAAGUAGAGGAAGAAAACCCCAUUCCAGUCUCUUUCAUAUACGUAGAAACUGAUCGUUAUUUGCCAUCCUCAACUCCUGAGAUUGAAGAAGAAAGAGAUAGCGACGAGGAAAAGAGAAGGAAACUAUCAAAAUGGGCUAGCGAGCCUUUAUCCGAGGUGAAAUUUCUCAGACGAAUUGUAGAAGGGAAGCCAGAAGAGGGUGAUGGCUUUGCGCCCAGUGAUGCGGCAUGGAUGAAAGGCGCAGUGUUAUGGGCCCCGUUCCAUCUCUCCCCUUCCCUCUUCAGCACGUACCUCCAGAUCGCGGAAGAAGUUGCUGGGCCAGCACUUUGGGCCCGCGUCGUAGGCUUCCGGUAUUUACUUCAGGGCAAGGCUGAGGGCGAGGUGAAGCGGUUAGUUGAGAGCGAGGACUGGUUGCAGAAUAUUGUUUCACUGCGGGAUGGGAGGGGAGGGAAAGGUUGGGCAUUUGAUGUUGGUGUGGAUACGCAUAGAGAUGGUGUUGAGCAGCUGGAGCAUGUGGGCGGUAUGAUUGCGGAAGUGCGCAGGCGAGAGGCGAAUAGUGGUGGCCAAGGGCACGUUCGAUUCGUCUUGAACCACCUCUGCAAACACAGACUCCCACUAGCGACUCCUUCCGAUCCAACAUUCGUCCGCUGGCGCUCCGCCCUCACCGGCCUCGCAGCAGACACAUCCAUCUACAUGAAGCUCUCGGGCGCCCUGAAUGAAUUCGACGACGCUUCGCCAACGCCCGACACCGUACAGUCCGUCAUCGAAGCAGUCCAGCCUUUCUUCGACGCCGUCUUUGCCAACUUCCCUGGGAGAGUCAUGUUUGGAUCGGAUUGGCCCGUAUGCAAUGUCGGCGGGCCGCAUGGCGAGCAGGGAAAUUGGAAAUUUUGGGUAAGUGUUGUUGAGGCUUGGAUGGAAGAGAGGGGUUUUGAGGAGGGGUCAAUGGAGAGGGUGUGGUGGAGGGCGGGGAGUGAGGCGUAUGGGGUUGAGGGGUGAAGGAGUAGGUUGUCUCUGGCGAGGUGAGGUAUAUGUAAGAUUUUGGGAGGAAGGAGUACAAUGGAAGCUGAAGCGAGCUGCUUUUGGGGUUCUUUUCAA